CCGCGCGUUAGAAAAACGUCCCGUCCCCCUCCCGCUCCCAACCGUCUGGAAUUGUGACGAAAACGCCGUCGACAAAAUGCCGGGGACACGGCGGUUUUUAUUCGCAUUAUCGUUAUUAUCGACCGUUGUUAUUGUUCCUUAUCAAACCAGGAAGACGCCCGCGACCGCGACCGCGUCUUAUCUGUAGAGUAUCCCGUCGGUCCGUCGCUCUAUAUAUAAUUAAUAAACGUUGGCGUUACGGCACAAACAUUUUUUUUUUUUUUUUCUGUCUCUCUCCGUCAACAGCAGCGGCAGCAGCAGCCGAGGGCCAUUAUAAUGUGAAUGUGCACGGGCGUGUGUUUGUGGUACGUGCGUCGUGUGUGUGCGCGUUUUCGGUGCUCGCUUGUACGUGCGUAGUUGCGCAGACAACCGCAAGCGUGCGUGCGCGUUCGCCCGUCAUUUUGUUCUCAAGUACCACGGUCGGUCCCGAUUAUUAUUAUUAUUAUUAUUUUUUUUUUUUUUUUCAUUCCGCUCGUACCAAAUAUUUUCCGUUUUCACUUUUCGCGAAAACUUCACGUCCCCACGGUGUCGUCGUAGUGGUCAGCUGCACGUCUUGGCCGCCGAUGGACAAUAGAUCCGCCAUCGUCCAAUCGACGGUACUCGAUCCGACGGUGACCACCGCCACCUCGUCAAUUGUCACCGUACCCAACAAUGGUUGCGGCGUUCCGGAAUGCCGGAAGACAAAUCACAAUUGGUGUUGCGGCACCGAACAGUGUCCGAUGUGUCUCAAGUUUCGAAAGUCGUUUCAUUGCACAACGUGUGUGGAAAACGGGGAUUUUGGCCACUCGUCGGGGUCCGUCGACAAGCAGGGAAGGUCAGCCAUAUAAUAAUAUAUUAUAAACAACACAUAAAGUCUGCUAAAUUAUACGUGAUACAGUUGGGCAUAUAUCCAACAACCUGGAGAAAUACCCAUUUAAAAAAAUAUAGAUCCCCAUUUUUUAAUUUUUUAAGUUAUUGGUAGGUACACAUAAAAAAACAAAGCCAAUAUAUAUAUUUAACUCAUUUUGGAUAGGUGACUGUUUAAUUCCAAACAGUUUUUAUAUAAUUAAUGUCAUAGUGAAAUGUAUAGUCUCAUAAAAUUUGGAAAUCCAAUAGGUAGGUACAUUUACCUAUUAUAUUGUCCAACAACAUUAUAUCUAUGGAAAAAUUCAAUUUUUUUUUUUUUACGAAUAAAAAUAAAAUAACGUUAUAAUUAUUUAUCGAACCUAUUUGGUCAUUUUUUAAAAUAAUUACUUUUUAUACUAAAUACCUGCCCGCCUAAUCUUACUUAUUUAAUUAUUAAAAUUUAUGGUAAAUAAUAAAUUAUUUGACUAUAACAUUAAUUUAUUUUAUUUAUAUGUCUAUAGGUUUUCCAAAAAACAAAUGAAAUAUCAAACUGUUGUGUAUAGUGCUAAUUUGUUCAAAAAUGAUUGUACGAAAAUGUUUUCAAAAAGGCAAAGCACUACUUUAAAGGUAACCAUACAAAUUAACUAACAAUUAUUAGGUAUCUGCCAUGUUUAUUUUAUUUCUACAGAGUGAAAUACAUACCAAUUUUUUUUUCAGAAAACUGAAGUUACAAUAUUACAUGACAAAAUAAAAUUACUAAAACUUGCCAUAGCGGACAAAAACAUAAUUUUAGCAGACAGUAAGGAUUUCCAAAUAGAAAUAAAAUAUACAUUUGUAUUUAAGUAUAUUAACUUGAAGUAUCUAUUAUUUUUCCCAGAAAAAAAUCAUCUGAAAAAAUUAAAAUUCGAAAUAGAUAAUCAAAAAUCAAGAGUUGAUCGGUAUGAAAAACGUGUAGUUCGUUUAGAAGAAUUUACCAAAAGCCAAUCAUCUGUUUUAAAUGAAAAAACUAAUGAAUUAUUGACCAUUAGACCAAGUUUAAAAAAACUUAUUCAGACACGAAUUAAACAACUAAUUUGCCAUAUUUUUACUUUAGAUGAAGUAGUUCCAGAUAAUUUGUUGUAAGUAAAAUAUGUUCAUAGUUAAAACUCUAAAUACAUAAUAAUACAUAAGUAAUUUAUAAUAUAAUUUAAUAAUUAAUGUUAAUAAUAUUUAGUUGCUUUUUUAUAUUGUUUACAAUAUAGCACAUAAUUACAGUAUCUAAGUGUUUUAAAAUAAUAAAUUAUCGUUAUUAUUCAGGAAUGAAAAACUAGAUGUCAAUACUAGUUCAAGUAACCUUACUUAUGCGUUAGCCGAAGCUUCAAAACUUACAUAUGUUUGUGGUCAAUGGGUUGAUACAUGUGAUGCUUGGUCUAGACAAACAGAACUUGGGUAUCGGAUUGUUGCACCCACAUUACCAGCAAAUGGAGACUACUCUUCUUAUAAUGAAUGGGGUUUAUAUUUAAAAUAAAUGUAUUUACUUAAACUUUAGUUCAAUCUAAUAAUGCUAUUUUCAUUUCUGUUUCAUUUCCAGUUUCAGAUAAGAAUAGGGAUUAUGCAUUUCAACAAAAUUUUAGUGAACCUAAUCCUGCGUGUACAAUAAGUGCGGCUUUGACAUAUACAUCACAAUUAGUAAAGCAACUUUCCUUUUUCCUAGACAUUUUUUUACCAAGGCGUCCAAAUUUUAGGUAAUGCAUAAAAUUAAAAAUAUUAGUUAUUAAAAUAUAUACUUAUUUUGUCUAUUUUCAGUGAAUUUUGUGGAAAUGAAUUAAACGAAACCAAAUUUUCAAAAUAUGUUACCCUCCUAAAUGCAAAUAUUCUUUACUUGUGCAUUAAACAAAAUGUUGACCCUAAGUUAUUACAUGCUGAUCAUACACUGAAAAAUUUGCUGCAACUUUUAGACACUUCUGUUAGUGAUCUAGGAAGGUAAAUUCGAAAAACCUAGGCCCUCCGCACAUGAGGCGAUUGCAACGCGACAACCUAUGAUUAUUAUUAUCCUUGUUUAUUUAUCAUUCAAAUUAUUAUUAGUAGUUUACUGAUGUUUGCGUAGUUUUUUGGUAGACUUUUUUAAAAUUUCGAGUUAACCUAGUGAUGAUGAAGUGAUUGUUACGUACUGUUUAUCGCCACUGUCGGCUUUUUGUAUAGUGGCCAGAGAACUUCAAUUUUUCAAUUAUACCAACAAAUUUAAUUUUAAAUGCUUCCAUUAUAUUGUAUUAAUAAUACAAUAUAACAUAGUAAUAUAUCUAUGUCUUUAUUAGUGGAUCCCCAUUUAUUUUGCUAGGAAAUAUGUCCCCUUGUGUGUGGAGAGUCUAAAUUUUUUAUAUCAGUAUUGAAAUUUUUAGUUGUUUAAACUGUAAUAAUUUACACACACUCAAAAAUUAAUUUGUGUAUUUCUAAUUAUUAUAUUUAUAUUUAUUUUAAUACUAGAAUUGAACCACCAGAUAUUGAUAGUAAAUUGUGUAAUGUACUUGAAGAUAAAAUAAGUUUUAAAUUAUUUUCAUGUAAUGUGGACUCAGAUUCUGAUGAUGAUAAUUAUUUUGAAUGGGAAUCCGUAAGUCAAAUGAUAAUAACCAAACAAUUUAAAUUAGUAAUAAUUAUAUUAUGCAUUUUUGCCAGGUUCCUAAUGUUCAAUUAGAUUCCACUCAUACACAAAUCUCUGUACAAUCCACUAGUAGCGUUGUCAGAGCAGGUCUUGUGGCCAGUACUGCAGCGAGUAUUGCUUCUAUGUGGCGUGGUUGGACUAAAUAAUACAUUUUAUUGAGCAAAUAUUUUAAUCUUUUUUUUAUUUAAUUUAAAAUUAUUCUUUGAUCUCAAGAAAGUGCACUUUUGCUUAUAAUUUUUAUUGUUCACAUCCAAAUGUUAAAUCUAUAUCUGAAAAAAUUAGGGUAAGCUUAAGACCCACAGAGAUGUCAAGUCAAUAUUAAUUAUAUUAUAAUUUUUUUUUUUUUUUAAUAAUUACAACAAGAAUAGACACUUUUUUUUUGUUACCAGUUAAUUAUAUAUUACUAUUAUUAUUAAUUUUUCUUAUAUAAUCUGUGCAUUGUUUUAUAUUUAAAAAUGUAUUCUAAUAUACAUUUAUAUUAAAUUAAGUUUAAUUUAGUCUUCACAAUUUAACAUUUAUUAUCAUAACACUCAUAGUAUUAACAACAAAUUUAAUCAAUUAAAAUCUCAAAUUCCUUUUUACACAUAAGAUUUAUAUUAUUAUUAUUUGUAUAUAUUAUAUUUACUGAAACAUGUCUAAUGUGGAGACAUCAGAAUUAAGUUUAAAUGACUAUUUAACGCAUCAGUGUAAUAAGAGUAGUCACAGUAGUUAUUAAAAGACUGUGUUAAUAUCCAUUUUCGAUUAAAUAAUUUCAAAUCUUACCAUACUAUAAUUUCAAUUCCAUUGAAAUGUUAUGUGUAUAAUUAAAACUUUCAUGAUAAAAUAUUUAUUGUUGACUCUGUGUUAUAUAUAUACCUAACUUAUCUUCAGACGAUGUGUUUACUAACUAAUUUGAUAUUGUCGAAUCUUUAUUUUAUAAAAUAUAUAUUGUUAUAUUUUUAUUAUUUGAAGACUUCAAUUUACCAUCAGCCAUAAGAGUUGUCAUAUAUUUAUUUAUACACAUUAAAUAAGUCAAAAUCCUUUAGUGAAAUAAAAUAUGUGACGGUGAACAAUAUUAGAAGUCCAAUAACAUUUCAAUUUAACCAAUAUUAUGACAAUAAUUAAAAAUUCAACUUUUCAAAAUAACAGAUAAAAAUAUUAAUAAUAAAAUUGCAUUUAAAUAAUUUAAGUAAAUAUAACCAAUGAA